AUGCUGUUUAUGUUACCAGAGCUGCAUGGACCUCAGAACAUUCUCCCAAAAUCUGAGGGUUGGAGGAUUCGGAGUCUGGGGAGGCUUAUGGCUCUCUCACACUCCCUGAGACUCAAUGAUCCAGACAGGAUCCUGUGGUGGUUGCAGAUUUGGGACUGGCAGCACUUGACGACGUCAAAUAGUGUCCUCAGCGACGCUACAUCUGGAAGUCAAAUCUCGAUCGAUCAUUAUUUCCUCAGAACUAGUAGAUUGCUUAUGAUUGUCGGCAUCAAUUUGAAGGUCUAUUCCAUCGAGGAUAUGUCUCAGGCGUGGACAAUUGCUCACAUGCUUCUUGUUGCCUGUACCUGUACGUGGUACACAUUUCCUCUCCGACAACUCAAAGGACGAUGGUGCACAAAGAUUUUCUUCGAGCCCAACUUCAUUAAAGGGGGGUCAACGGCGAUACCUUGGAAACAUUGGGGCCCGUUGAAUACUCGUAUUUUCCAGCACUGUCCAGACGUUGUUGAUUCUGCUACUGGGAGUCGAGUCUUGAAGGUGGAACAUGCAAUUGACGCAACAGACGGUAAUGAUUUCUUGGAGUACAGUUUGCGUGUGAUGGACUUUAGCCCAUUAGCUAUCAAGUAUGGGCAGGGCCUAGGACGGUUGGUGAUAGAGCCAUCUACGAUAGACCUGGAUGGACAGUCUUUAACGAUGUCCCUGCCUUAUGUUGAGGUUGUGUUGAGUAAGAUAUCCAGUUCUACAGAUGAGCUGUUGUUCUCAUCGAUUGAUGAAGACAGAAUUUACAUGUUCCAUGUCCAUGAUUGCUUUGUCAAGGUCAUUAAGAUUUGGGAAGGGGUUUGA